CCUGACCCCCACUGCACUUUUCAGCUCCUCUCUCAGCCUUCGGUGCCAGCCUUUCUGCCCUGGGGCGAGCUGUGUACCCUGGGUGGGGCGUGGAGUAGGAGGGGACUGGGAGCCAGAGGCCCUGGUGGCAUCCCUGCAGCCCUGCUGAAGCUGGGCCUCCCCCACACCCUUCCAGGCCCGAGCUCCAUCAUGCAAGUGGCCCUGAGCCUGCUCGUCCUCCUGGCAGGCCUGCCUGCCCUGGACGCCAACGACCCAGAAGAUAAAAACAGUCCUUUUUAUUAUGACUGGCACAGCCUUCGAGUCGGAGGGCUCAUCUGUGCAGGGGUUCUGUGCGCCAUUGGCAUCAUCGUCGUCAUGAGUGGAAAAUGCAAAUGCAAGUUCAGCCAGAAGCCCAGCCACCGAACAGGGGACAGCCCACCUCUUGUCACUCCAGGCUCUUCCCAUAACUGUUGAGGAUGGAUCAACGACAGAACACAGAGGGCCUCUCUCUUCCCCCGAGUCCUGGUUCUGCACAGGAACCUAACUCCAGGAUGGAAUUCUGCCUCCUCUCCUCAGACCGCCUUGCCAGACCCCAUCUCACUUCUCACUGGAGGGGUCUCUUUGUUCAAUUUUUUUAUCUAAUAUGAUCUUACCUCCUCCCCAUGCAGUCUUGAGACUCUGUAUGUGUGCUUUGGAGUAGGAUUUGCGGGGCCAGGAGAAGGUAGACAUGCACUGGAAGCUGCCACAGAAGCUGGCAGCUGAAUCUCUUAGUUGGGAAAAGCCCAAAGGCCUAUUCCCUCAUGACCUGGUGAAUGGCAUGGGGUCUGUCCUCUGCCUCUGUGGCCACAGGAGCCACAUGUGCAAUUUAAAUUUUCUAGUAUUCCUAAGAGGGACAUCUUUGAGAGUGAAAGGGAGUAGUAGCCACAUGAAAUGCUAGGACACUCAGGUGGACACGGAUCAUCCUGCCAUGACAUGAGUACCCAGAUAGCUUAUCAUUAUGAUAGUAAGACCCUAAGACCCUUCCACUCACUGCUGAGACCCCACUUUAUUGCAGAAGACCCUUCCUAAUACUCAAAUGUUUCUGUGAGACCUUUAAAUAAUUCCCCAUAACAACCCUGAUAAUAUAAAGGCCAUAUGGUGUGAGAACUUCCAAUGAGCCUCAAACUCCCUUGAGACUCCCCAAACCCAAUAACACCUCCAAAUGUCCCCAAGAGUCACCCCUAACAUGCUUAAAAACCUUCAAAACACCCAAAAAGAGACUCCCAAUAAACCUGUGACCUGUUCCUAA